UUUUAUAACAUUGUAAUAAAAAUUCCUGUCGUAAUAAAAUUAAUAGAGAAAUUUUUAAAAAAAUGAUGAUGGUUGAUUCCUUCACCAAACUCUUUCUUGUAGCUGUGUGUCUUUCAACCUUUAGCUUCGGCAGUUUAGAGAAUCCAACGCGAUGGUACUACUUCUGUUCUAACGCAACCACUUUGACCAGAAACAUCGUCUAUGCCGCGAAUGUCGAUCAGCUCUUCUCUUAUCUCUCAACCAACGCGACGGAGCACGACGGAUUCUUCAACACCACCGCGGGACAGGAGCCUAACAUGGUGUAUGGUCUCUUUCUCUGCCGUGGGGAUGCCCGUCCUGAAAUAUGCCGUGACUGCAUCAACCUUGCUGCUGCCGAUGUAGCUAAACUUUGUCCUAACCAAAGUUGGGCUAUUAUUUGGUAUAACAAGUGCAUGCUACGUUACUCGAACCGGUCCAUCUUUUCUUCCAUGGCUGAAAGACCUAAUGUAAGUUUGUCGUACCGGGUAGACGCCAUGGAACCAUACCGCUUUAACCGGCUGGUUGCAACUGUGAUGAAAGAUAUUGCAACUCGGGCUCCAAACGCUAGAUCCAGGACUAAAAAGUUUGCUACGAAAGAGGCAACUUUUAAUGCGUUCCAAACACUUUACAGCCUAGCACAGUGCACACCCGACAUUUCCAGUGAGGAUUGCUACAGAUGCCUCCAGGACGCUAUUGCAGACUUGCAAUUCUAUUUCGGUGGAAAACAAUCAGGAUUUGCUAUGUACCCUAGCUGUACUGCACAGUAUCAGACAAGCCCUUUCUAUAGCCUAAACCAAACUGGAUUAGCUAAGCCCCCGGUCUCGCCUCAACAUCCUCUUCUGCUCCCUCCACCUCCACCUCCUCCUCCAGGUAAAAGGGGGAUAUCAUCACAGACAGUGAUCAAAAUUGUUGUUUCAACAGUUGGCUUUUUGGUUUUGUCCUGUUUCUUAUGUGGUGUUCUUGGUUGGCAAGCAACCAAGAAACUAACUGCGCGAAAAACCAGAAAUGAUGGACUCAAAGCCAAGGCUUUGCAAUCUCUGAGAUUUGAUUUGAGUAUAAUUGAAGCUGCUACAAAAAACUUCGCUGAAGUUAACAAGAUCGGUACUGGUGGAUUUGGCAGUGUAUAUAAGGGUAUACUUACUGAUGGACAAGAAAUAGCUGUGAAGAGACUAUCAACAAGCUCGGGUCAAGGUGCUGAUGAGUUUCAGACUGAAGUUGUAUUGGUAGCCAAACUUCAGCAUCGGAAUCUUGUGAAGCUAUUAGGGUAUUGCCUAGAAAGAACAGAGACGAUGCUUAUCUAUGAAUUUGUGCCCAACAAAAGCCUUGAUCACUUCAUAUUUGAUCUUGAAAAACAAAGACAGUUAGUUUGGCCCCUACGAUACAAAAUAAUUAAAGGGAUUGCUCGAGGGCUUUUAUACCUUCACUCAGAUUCGCGUCUCAAAAUCAUACACCGUGAUCUUAAAGCUGGUAAUAUUCUAUUAGACAAGGACAUGACCCCAAAGGUUUCUGAUUUUGGUAUGGCAAAGAUUGUUGGGGAGAAUAAAAGCCUACAACAUACCAAGAGAAUCGCCGGCACAUAUGGUUACAUGUCUCCAGAAUAUGCUGUGCAUGGACGAUUCUCUGAAAAGUCUGAUGUAUAUAGUUUCGGUAUUUUGAUGCUGGAAAUUGUAUGUGGCAAAAGGAAUACAAGUUUCUGUCACUCUGCACAUGCCGAAAACCUUCUAACUUACGUAUGGAGACAAUGGAAAAAUGGGACACCAAUAGAAGUGAUGGAUUCAGCCUUAGGAGAUUCUUAUGUAAGCAAUGAAGUUGCAAGGUGCAUUCACAUCGCCUUGUUGUGCGUUCAACAAGAUCCAGAAGCAAGGCCACCAAUGGCGAAAGUUGUUCUCAUGCUCAGCAGUUCCUCGGUUACUUUGCCAUUACCUCAAAGAACAGCAUUCUAUUUUGGCACCAUUACUGAAGGAAAGCCUUCGAUUAUGAAUUAUAAAUCUGAUCAAUCAACAAGUAGUGCCUUGGCCACAGUUAACGAGACGUCCCUUACUGAACUAUUCCCUCGUUAAAUCCGAUGAGUGUGUAAUGGAUGGUCAUGAUGAAGCUCGACAACAUUAUCUAUAAAUAUACAUAACCUUUGUUGAGGAUGUGUUUAGACUUGCUUAAUAAUAGAUAAUAGGUCUGUAGACCAAGUCUUUAGAGAUUUAAAUUUAUGUUACAUAAUUUUAAGAGUAAGUUAAGUAUUUGUGACAUGGCUUUUUAAGAGUAAAUUUUACAAAUUUUUGUUAAUUUUUUACUAUAUAAUAUGAACAAUAUAACAGAUUAUAUUGUACUUCCAAUAUAUCUUUCAUUCAUA